GUUAUUUCGAUUUGAACCGUCGUGAACACGAUGAAGAUCUUUACCCUGGUGUGCUGUGCGGCUCUGCAGCUGACGAAGGCAUCGGACUUGGUUCCUUCGCAUGACGGCCUCCGCUUUGUGAAACCUACAUCCUGUGAGGAGAAGGACUGCCCUCACGGCGGUUGCGUCUUUCGCGACUGCCGCGAGCCGGUGUCGUGCAAAGGCGGACUCUGCUUCAUCAACUGCAAAAGCCCCGACUGUAGUGGUGGUGUGUGCACGAUCGUGGAAGCUGAGGACGGGUCCUGUCCUGGGGGGCUCUGCAACUUUGUCAAGCCCAAACGGUCGUUGACUGAAGGGUACUGCACGGGCGGAUUGUGUUUGGUCGAUGGCAAGAGCCAAGUGUCGACUCCAGGAUCGUUAAACACAGCGCCUCAAGAAACCACGAAACUACCGACCGAAGCACCGCCGACGCUCCCGACGCCAGAACCGCAAACCCCAACGGCGACCCCUGCCACCACCGCCGACGCCACUUAAUGUCUCAACGGCACGACAUCAGCGAUGUCCUGGACGUCCGCUGGAUCUCUCAUUUCGUCGUUGGUUGUGUGUUAACAAAGGGAUAUCCAGUGACGAGAUGUCGUGGUAUAGCAGCAAGGAAGAGCAUCGCCGGUUAGAACCACGAUUUGUUUUCAACACCAAUUGAUUACCAUUGCUCA